UAAGAACUUUGGGAGCCUUCCGAGAUUUACAAAACUAAAACAAAAAGUAUGGUGUAAGUUUUGAUUUCUUAAUUUUUGGUGCGUACCAUGUGUGCGCAUCGAAUAUCACAUUGGAUAUCAUGUCAUAAGUACGGAUCAUACAAAACUGAUCUAACUUAACGUUUUUGCACAUGCCUAAUGAGUAAAAUCAUCCUUCCCCCUUCACUAGGGUUAGGGGCCCAGACCCCUGCGAAAGUGUGAACAUCUCUUUAGGAAUUUCUAAAUUUUCCUGCAUGGCUCUAGAACAGGGGUCCCUAAACUAAGGUCGGUGGGCUGGAUGUGGCCCUCCGCGGUCAUUUAUUCGGCCCUGCCCUAAACUUUAGAUUUGGGGUCACCCUAACUCUGAAAUGACUUCAAGGCACACACAACAACAUUCCCAAUUAACUUGAUUAUCUCAUCAGUGAAAAGCAGGCCCACACUUCCUAUUGAAAUAUUGGUUAUUGUUCUUCAUUUGAAAUAUUGUAUUUUUCUUUCAUUGAUUUUUGCACUACGAAUAAGAUAUGUGCAAUGUGCAUAGGAAUUCAUGCUUUUUUCAAACUAUAUCCCACUCCCCAACAGCUUAAGGGGACCGUGAAAUGGCCCUCAGCUUCAAAUAUUUGAGGACUCCUGCUCUAGAACUGACCAUGAAAUCACAUUAGAGGACCUAGAAAUCCUGAGUGAUGUUUUCUCUCUAGAAAUCUCUAGGUCCACCACCAUUCCUGGAGGGAAUUGACCAUAGGGUCACACUGGAGACCUAGAUAUACAUCCAUUUCCAUGUUCUAGCACAACUACAGUAGAGUCUCACUUAUCCAACACUCGCUUAUCCAACGUUCUGGAUUAUCCAACGCAUUUUUGUAGUCAAUAUUUUCAAUAUAUUGUGAUAUUUUGGUGCUAAAUUCAUAAAUACAGUAAUUACUACAUAUCAUUACUGCAUAUUGAACUACUUUUUCUGCCAAAUUUGUUGUUAAACAUGAUGUUUUGGUGCUUCAUUUGUAAAAUCAUAACCUAAUUUGAUGUUUAAUAGGCUUUUACUUAAUGCCUCCUUAUUAUCCAACAUAUUCACUUAUCCAACAUUCUGCCGGCCCGUUUAUGUUGAAUAAGUGAGACUCUACUGUAAUUUGUAAUUUGAUGUUAUGCCUCUAGAUGGAGGUAUCUAGUAGUAAUCUAUUUUGAAGUAUGUGUAAAGGGUAUCUACAGAUAGGCAAAAAGGACUGACCAAGGAAGGCUUGAAACAGAUUACUUAUAAAGCAAAUCUUCCUGUAUAUUCAGUGUACAUUUUCUGACACAAGGCAACAAAAUGGUCUUGAUUUUGACCUUUGAAAUCGGUUAAAUAAAUCCGUCUCAUGGUCUCUUUUUAUAAAAGGCUUUUAUGAAUAAACGUAUUACAUGGCUUCUAAUUUUGUGUAAUUCUUGCUGCCACAUAAUUGGCUUAUUUGGCUUCCCCUUACACUGCCUGGAAUCAGUCUCGGGAGGUGAUUUCCUCAGACAGCCAUGGCAACUCCUUUGGCUGUUACUGUGAAACUCCACAGUCACUUCUUCCUUUGGAAGAACAAAGCUGUACAAGCCAAAAAGUCUGUCCUGCAUAAACAAAACUAACCUACUCCCUCCAGCAUAGCACAGGAAUGUAGCCUACGUUUUUCAGCUUCUCUACAGGAAAUGAAGCCAUUGUAUCCUUUGUCUUAGCCUCAGGAUAGAACCCAAAGAUGCCAAAUGAGAUGCCAAGAAAUGGAAGUGACUGUGUGUGCUUUAAGAGAAAGAUGUCUAAUUAGACAUCUUUUCCACAGCCAUUUCUUAAUUAUUGCAAUAAAAAGCAACAGCAAUUGGUAGGGCCAGUCUCCUCCAAGCAUUGUUAAACUCCAUUUCCCAGCAUUCUUCACCAUUGACUAAAUUGGAUACAACUGGGAGUUGCAGUUCAACUCCCUUGCUAGCCAAUGGUUCUUAACCUGUGGGUCCCCAGAGGUUUUGACCUUCAACUCCAGAAAUCCUAAGAGCUGGUGAACUGGCUGAGAUUUCUGGGAGUUGUAGGCCAAAACACCUGGAGACCCACAGGUUGAGAACCACUGAGGUAUACAAUGGAAAGACCAAGGCUCCUCUUUCUUUAUCCAAUGUGCCAUUGUAAGUAGAUUAUGUUGUAACUUGCGGUGUAUAAAUAAACUGACUUCACUCAUUUGAAGGUUCUAAAAAUAGCAAGGAUGGGCUUUCUGCAAAUAGCCAUACAUUCUUGAUGUUUGCAAACUCAGAAAAUGCAAAUUUACAUCUGGUGAAGCUAUGCCCUUAACCUUGCCCUCUUAUUUCAUUUGCAUUAUCACUCAUUGAUAAUAGUUCUUUAUUGCAAUCCCAUCUGAAAAUAACCAGGAAAUCCCCAUUCAAUGUGUUGCAGGAUACUGCAUUUACGUGUCUAUACCUGAAGUGAAUAAUUAACCAAAUGUUUGCUUUCUGUUCAUGCUUUGCUCUGUGGAAGCUGAGAAAUGCCACACAUUUGCCUUUGCUAUCCUGAAUGGUCAAAGGUAAAAGACAAAAAUGUAUGAUGAAACUCAUGGCGAGACAUAAAGACGAGAUGUCUCAGGUAUUUCUUUUCACCUUGCUGUGCUUCUAGAAUACCAUCCAUCUAACUGACGGUGACAUUCUCAGCAUGACUAUGAUGCCCUUCCAUGAGACAUGGCAGUCAGUAAAUGAGACCUGCAACAAUUCCAUACAGCUGGAACAAUUCCUACAUUAUUCACUUAUCCCAUCAGUUGUCAUAAUUAUUGUACUCUCCUGCCUGGAAAGAAGAGACAGGAGAAGUCCAGUAGAUGAAAAAUGGCCUCUUCUCAACAGGAGGUGUGGGAUUGUGAUACCUUUGAAUUUUGCAGGGGCAUUCAGCAACCGGUGGUCACUAGCUUUUGCCUUUGGGGCGACAGCUAACAAAGUCAUGAUUAUGUUUUCAGAGGGCUAUUUUCCACUGCAACAUGUACCUGAAUGGGUUCCAGCAGCCCUUGCAAUUCUUCUUGGUGCCAUGGAAGUUGGUCUUUCUUCCUAUCCACUUUUUGCUUGCCUUUCAACUCGUUCCCAGAUUGCAGGGUCCGCACUUGGAUUCCUUUACACAGGAAUUUGGUUUGUCGUCAUGUUGCUGCACAUCACACAGUGCCCCCAUGGGCAAAUGGUGGGAGUAUAUGAAAAUAUCAUUUUUUACUGGCCCUCACUGCUCUGCCUGAUAUUUCUGCUUGGGAGAUUUGUCGUUACAUUUGUGAAAGUGUCAUGGUUCCAAUUCCAGACUAAUCAAACUGAGGAGACAUCUUUCCUGGAAGUGCAUCAAGCUCAGUAUGUCCAGCAACUGAUGAGGAAGCCUCCAAUGCAGCAGCCUGAGAAAUCCUGGAUCCAGCAAAAGAUUUACAAAUGGGACCCUUACUUUCAGUUUCCGAGCAGAAUGAUUUGCAUGGCUGUGCUGGCCAUCAUAUGCCUCUACAUGUUUGUUGUGAUGGAACGUUAUGCUUAUAUGCAUGUUUCUCAUGUGCUGGAAACCUUGGAGCUGGAUUUUGAGUCGCUUGCUGCUUCUAGCAACAUAUCCAGGAAUGUAUCAGAAGUAGUUGGAAGUAUCCAGCAUUUGAAAGAAUUUGUUGCCACCACAGAAGGUGUUUGGAUUUUCACCACCUUCACUGCCUCUCUCACAUGCAUCACCUACGUGUUCCACAUUUUAGCCUGCUACAGAAAACAUAUGAAGCGACUGUGGGCAGGGGAGAAGGAAUUCCUUCCGCUGGUGUUCAGCAAACUUUCAUCUACUCAAAGUGUGGCAUCCAUAGCAAGAUAUUCUGGCUGGCAAAUUGCAUACAUUCUAUGGGGAUAUCUGAUCAUCCACAUAGUGCAGUGUCUUUUGGGGCUGGUGUUCAUGUACAUUUUCGUUUUGCCCAUCAUGAAUGGUGAAGGGAUAAAAAUGCUUAAAAGUGUGGGAAUGGUGAUUUUCACAAUUGGUAUUUUCAUGGGGUUCAUGCAGAUGCAGAUUGGGACUGCUAGUAUAUUCUUCCUUCAGCCAAAGAUUUCACUGGAUGACAAGGAAAAACCUUUGGCUCUUGACAACAGGAAAAUGUUCCACAAUUUCAACUACUUUCUGUUCUUCUACAACGUGAUGCUGGGCCUGAGUAUGUGCCUGUUCCGGCUGCUGUGCAGUGUCAUGGUGGGAGCCUGGCUCAUUGCACGGAUAGACAGGACAAUCAUGCCCAAAGGCUAUGAAGCAGCUGACAUGGGAUUCAGAACGUGGAUUGGGAUGCUCUUUAUGGACAGUUAUCACACAAACCCUACUCUUAUCUGCUUUUGCCAUUUCCUCCUGAUGAAAACCAGAGAGAGACAGCAACAGACUGGCACCUUGUAUAGUCACUUCAGUAAUGUAACAGAUUUUAAAGUAUCAAACAAAGCCAGAACAAGAUGGCUGCUGUUCUAUACGCUUCUUAAAAACCCUAGCCUUCCAGCACUCAGGAAGCCAAAGUGUGCCGCCAAAUCCUCUGCUUGCUAACGUCGACAGAUGCACAGCAACCCAAAUAAAAAUCCGGGCGAUUGUACUGUAGUGUCCAUCAUAUGCAGCUACCUUAUGGAGUCGGACCAUUGAUCCAUCACAUAAAGCUGCUCAGAUUGGAAGUGGAUCUUUUCUCCUCUCGUUCAUAGAUACCCUUUUAAUCAGAGUUGGAAUCACGUGGCCUUUCUGAUAUUGUUGGAUUGCAACUUCCAACACUCCGUGACACUGACUGUAGCUUGGCAUGGAGAAUCAUAGUAAAAAUAAAGGUUUCCCCUUGACAUUAA